AUGGCUGACAAGAGAGACCUCGAGGUUGUGAUCGUCGGGGCCGGCGCGACGGGGUUGCUGCUCGCACAGGGAUUGAAACUGAAUGGCAUCAAGGCCACCGUCUACGAACGCGAGGACGAGUCGACGUAUCUCACUCGGCCUCGGGAAUGGGGGAUGACGCUGCACUUUGGGCAGGAGUACCUGGCGAAAUGCAUCCCGCGGGAGCUCAUGGCGCGGCUGAAGGAGGCGUACUGCGACGAGUUCUACACGGGCAAGCACACCUCGUGGCCCAUGUUCAACGGCCAGACGGGCGACAAGUUCUUCGACAUGCAAGGCUUCAAUCCCCUGCGCGUGUCUCGCCGCAAGCUGCGCGCCCUGCUGAGCGACGGCGUCGAUGUGCGAUAUGGCCGCAGGAUCGUUUCGGUAUCGGUGUCGCAGCCCAACGGAUUGGCAACUGCCACCUUCGCCGACGGCAGCACGGCCACGGGCGACCUCGUCGUCGGGUGCGAGGGCGUGCACUCGUACCUGCGCGAGGCGCUCGUUGGGAAAGAGCAAGCCGCCAACACUCCCAUAGACAUACAGAUGUUCAACACGUGCUGGACGCUUCCCCGUGACGUCGCCGUCCUGCAGCGCAAAGCCCAUCCCCUAUUCCGCAUCGGCUACCACCCGAUGGGCAUGACCUGGGUGACGGCGAUCCAAGACGUCAAGGACCCCAACGACCCGACCACGUUCCUCUUCCAACAGUGUCUCUCCUGGCCCGGCAGACCGCACGCCGACGACUUCCAGACCCAGCAGUCCAAGAUCGACUUCAUCAAGUCCAAGGCCGAGGCUUACGCCGAGCCCUGGAAAAGCGCCGGCCUCAAUAUCCCCCCGGACCUACAACCGCCGCUGCAGGUCGACGCGGUCGCGAUGUGGAGACCCGAUAUCGACUGGUCGACCACCUCUCCGCUGUGGCCGCACGUCACGCUCGCCGGGGACGCCGCGCACAAUAUCCCCCCCUUUCGUGGCCAGGGGCUGAACAACGCGUUCCAAGACGCCGAGAAGCUCGUGUCGGAACUGGUCGAGGCGGUGGGAAAUCGGGGCUCAAAGACGCUGGAGCACGCGGUGAGGGCUUACGAGGGGGAAAUGAAGUCCCGCAGCCUGAAGGAGAUCGAGGUCAGUCUGAUGCAGAGCCGCAUGGUGCAUAACUGGGAGACUCUGAUGGGUGCGCCGUUCAUGAAGGUCGGCAUGAAUGCGUACAGAGACGAAGUCAAGGGCCAUAUGGAAACCGCGAGCGGCGGCAGAGGUGGAUAG